AUGUCGAAGACGCUGAAGAAGAAGAAGCACUGGCUCAGCAAGGUGCAGGAGUGCGCGGUGUCCUGGGCCGGGCCCCCGGGCGACUUGGGCGCGGAGAUCCGGGGCGGCGCGGAGCGCGGCGAGUUCCCCUACCUGGGGCGGCUCCGGGAGGAGCCCGGCGGGGGCACCUGCUGCGUCGUCUCGGGCAAGGCGCCCAGCCCGGGGGAUGUGCUGCUGGAGGUGAACGGGACGCCUGUCAGCGGGCUCACCAACCGGGACACCCUGGCUGUCAUCCGCCACUUCCGAGAGCCCAUCCGUCUCAAGACUGUGAAGCCAGGCAAAGUCAUUAAUAAAGAUUUGCGACAUUACCUGAGUCUUCAGUUUCAGAAAGGAUCAAUUGACCACAAAUUGCAGCAAGUGAUCAGAGAUAAUCUCUACUUGAGAACCAUUCCAUGCACUACAAGGGCCCCCAGGGAUGGGGAAGUACCAGGGGUGGACUAUAAUUUCAUUUCUGUUGAACAGUUCAAAGCACUGGAAGAGAGUGGCGCAUUAUUAGAAAGUGGAACGUAUGAUGGAAACUUCUAUGGAACUCCCAAACCUCCAGCAGAACCCAGUCCUUUCCAGCCAGAUCCAGUUGAUCAGGUCCUCUUUGAUAAUGAGUUUGACACAGAAUCCCAAAGAAAGCGAACCACAUCUGUCAGCAAGAUGGAGAGAAUGGACAGCUCUCUUCCUGAAGAGGAAGAAGAUGAGGACAAGGAAGCUAUUAACGGCAGCGGAAAUGCGGAAAACAGAGAGAGGCAUUCUGAGUCCUCUGACUGGAUGAAGACUGUCCCGAGUUAUAACCAAACAAAUAGCUCCAUGGACUUCAGAAAUUAUAUGAUGAGAGAUGAGAACCUGGAACCACUGCCCAAAAACUGGGAAAUGGCCUACACCGACACGGGGAUGAUCUACUUCAUUGACCACAAUACCAAGACAACCACCUGGUUGGAUCCUCGUCUUUGUAAGAAAGCCAAAGCCCCUGAAGACUGUGAAGAUGGAGAACUUCCUUAUGGCUGGGAGAAAAUAGAGGACCCUCAGUAUGGGACGUACUAUGUCGAUCACCUUAACCAGAAAACCCAGUUUGAAAAUCCAGUGGAGGAAGCCAAACGGAAAAAGCAGUUAGGACAGGCUGAUGCCGGGCCUUCAAAACCAGAUAUGGAAAAAUCCCACUUUACUCGAGAUCCAUCACAGCUGAAAGGCAUCCUUAUUCGAGCAUCAUUGAAGAAAAGCACCAUGGGAUUUGGUUUUACCAUUAUUGGUGGAGAUAGGCCUGAUGAGUUCCUGCAAGUGAAAAAUGUGCUGAAAGAUGGUCCUGCAGCUCAGGAUGGGAAAAUCGCACCAGGUGAUGUUAUUGUAGACAUCAAUGGCAACUGUGUCCUUGGUCACACCCAUGCAGAUGUUGUCCAGAUGUUUCAAUUGGUACCUGUCAAUCAGUAUGUAAACCUCACUUUAUGUCGUGGGUAUCCACUCCCUGACGACAAUGAAGAUCCUGUUGUGGACAUUGUUGCUGCUACGCCUGUCAUCAACGGACAGUCAUUAACCAAGGGAGAGACUUGUGUGAAUACUCAGGAUUUUAAGUCAGGAGCAGUGGUUCUGGACCAGAAUGGAAAACCGGGACACGCCUUGAUCAGUGACCGUCUCAAUGGACCAUCAGACCCGAGCGAGCAGAGAGCAUCGAUGGCAUCAUCAGGCAGCUCCCAGCCUGAACUAGUGACUAUCCCUCUGAUUAAGGGCCCUAAAGGCUUUGGGUUUGCAAUUGCUGACAGCCCAACAGGACAGAAGGUCAAAAUGAUAUUGGAUAGUCAGUGGUGUCAAGGCCUACAGAAGGGGGAUAUAAUUAAGGAAAUUUACCAUCAAAAUGUGCAGAAUUUAACACAUCUCCAAGUGGUAGAGGUGCUAAAGCAGUUUCCAGUAGGUGCAGAUGUACCAUUGCUUAUCUUGAGAGGAGGUCCUCCUUCACCAACUAAAACUGCCAAGAUGAAAACAGAUAAAAAGGAAAAUUCAGGAAGUUUGGAGGCCAUAAAUGAGCCCAUUCCCCAGCCUAUGCCUUUUCCACCCAGCAUUAUCAGGUCAGGAUCCCCGAAAUUGGAUCCUUCUGAGGUCUACCUGAAAUCUAAGACUUUAUAUGAAGAUAAACCACCAAACACCAAAGACUUGGAUGUUUUUCUUCGGAAGCAGGAGUCAGGGUUUGGCUUCCGGGUACUGGGAGGCGAGGGGCCGGACCAGUCUAUAUACAUUGGGGCCAUCAUUCCUCUGGGCGCAGCUGAGAAAGAUGGCCGGCUCCGUGCAGCUGAUGAACUGAUGUGCAUCGAUGGGAUUCCUGUUAAAGGGAAGUCACACAAACAAGUCUUAGACCUCAUGACGACAGCUGCUCGAAAUGGCCACGUGCUAUUAACCGUCAGAAGAAAGAUCUUCUAUGGUGAGAAACAACCUGAGGAUGACAGCUCUCAAGCCUUCCUUUCAACCCAGAAUGGCUCUCCCCGCCUGAACCGAGCAGAGGUCCCAGCCAGGCCUGCUCCACAGGAGGCCUACGAUGUAGUCUUGCACCGAAAAGAAAAUGAAGGAUUUGGCUUCGUCAUCCUCACCUCCAAAAACAAACCCCCUCCAGGAGUAAUUCCUCAUAAAAUUGGCCGAGUCAUAGAAGGAAGUCCAGCCGAUCGCUGUGGAAAACUGAAAAUUGGAGAUCACAUCUCUGCGGUGAACGGGCAGUCCAUUGUUGAACUGUCCCAUGAUAGCAUCGUUCAGCUGAUCAAAGAUGCUGGUGUCACCGUCACACUAACGGUCAUUGCUGAGGAGGAGCAUCAUGGCCCGCCGUCAGGAACAAACUCCGCCCGGCAAAGCCCCGCCCUGCAGCACAGACCCAUGGGACAGUCACAGGCCAACCACGUACCUGGGGACAGAGGUGCCGUAGAAGGUGAAAUCGGGAAAGACGUCUCCGCCUCUUACCGACACUCGUGGUCUGACCACAAGCACCUUGCCCAGCCUGACGCCGCCAUGAUUUCCGUCGUAGGCAGCCGGCACAAUCAGAGCCUUGGCUGUUACCCAGUGGAGCUAGAGCGAGGCCCCCGGGGAUUUGGGUUCAGCCUCCGCGGGGGGAAGGAGUACAACAUGGGGCUGUUCAUCCUGCGUCUGGCCGAGGAGGGCCCCGCCAUCAAAGACGGCAGGAUCCACGUUGGUGACCAGAUCGUUGAAAUCAAUGGGGAACCUACACAAGGUAUCACGCAUACUCGAGCGAUUGAACUCAUUCAGGCUGGUGGGAAUAAAGUUCUUCUUCUUUUGAGGCCAGGGACUGGCCUGAUACCUGACCACGGUGAUUGGGAUAUUAAUAAUAAUCCUUCGUCUUCAAAUGUGAUUUAUGAUGAGCAGUCACCAUUUCCCCCAGCGUCACAUUCUGCUUCCGUAUUUGAGGGGUCCCCCAUGCCAGUAACUGAAGAAUCUUUAAUGAGAGCUCAGAUAUGUGAAAAGACAGAGGAAUUAAAGGGCGGUGUGCCUGAAAAGAAAAGCACUUUAAAUGAAAAUCAGCCUGAUAAAAAGCAGCACUCUUUUCUCCAGAAAAAUGUGAAUAAAAGGGAUCCACCCGGCAGUCAUGGGCAUGGUGACAAGAAAAAUCUCUUAAAAGUAGAAACUGGCGUUACACAAAGAGGUAGAUCUGCUAGUCCCAGGAAGCCGGCCAGCCGACAUGCAGAAGAACGUUCGGACAAGAUUCCCAGUCUUCCCACCACUGACCCCAAGAGAAGACCCAGAGACCGGUCCCUCAGCCCCAGGAGAGGGGACAGUAAAAGUGGUCAGACCGGCACUAGGGCAGGUUCUGGGCAGGCUCACUGUGGAAAAAGCAGAGGACGAUCUUCAAGCCCAAAGAAGCAGCAAAAGACUGAAGGCAGCAAAGGCCGACCAAAUACUGAAGCCAGAGGACUAGAGUCUGAGAGUCAGAGAGGAGGGGGCCGCGCUAGGGACGGUGCUGAGCAGAUCUCGGACGGCAGGGAAGGAUCAGGUGCUGCCAGGAAAGACACAAAGCAGAGCCAGUCUGGGAAAAACAGGACAAGGUCCCCAGAGAAAAGAAGCAAGAGAACGGAUGAAAAGUCUCUUCCGCCCAAAAAGACUAGUAACACUGCUAGUAGGCCAGAGUCUGAGCAGGAAGAAGGAAAGAAGGCCACCGUGGGAGAGACAAGUUCUAGCAAGGAGAAAACAGGAGAAAAUGUCAAAAAAUCAGAAAAGCUGAAGCAGGACCCUGAAGAAAGGAUGGUUUUAAACAAAAUGGAAGACCCCCGAGGAAAAGAACAAGAGGCAGCCGACAAAAACAGAGAGGGUGGAGGGUUCCAACCUGAGAGCGCUUCUCCCGUUAGGAAAACACCAAUCACUCCAGGGCCCUGGAAGGUGCCAAGUGCAAAUAAAGCCACAGGCACUACUGGUGUGGCCGAGAAACGGCUGUGACCUUUGGUAUAAAACAAAGAAAAACAAGUCGUAAUUUUUCCUUUCUAAAAAGCAGCAUUUUUCAAAAACAAAAGUCAUUUUUUUUUUCCAGAAAUUCUGAAACACACACAUUUUACUUUGAACAUCAAGUUACCCAGGCUGCAUGAAGGGCCUUCAGGACUGCUAAGAACCAACCGUCCCCCGGCUGGCUGCCCUCCCGCGCGCUCAUCCGACAUGCGUGGCUCGGGUGCCCCGGCCCGUCGCCGUGAGUGUCCAUGCUGAUGUGCACACAGUGUGGUCACAACUCACUUUAUAUCUGUGCCAAGUUAUCUACUGUAUCACGUGUGUUGUAUCCGUCUCACUCAGAUAAUUCCACAGUAAUGAAAAAACUAGGUUUGGCUUGGAAGUUGAUAUCCUCAAUAGCAUGCUGCAUGUUUACAGAGAGAAAUAUUUGAGUCCUUGCAGAAGAAGGGAUUGUUAGCUCGUCAUUAAAGAUGGCGGUUGCCUCUUCUAACAGCUACUGGUGAUGGCCCAGGCCCGGUUUAAAAAUGAAACUCCAAAACAUCACUACUGAAAAGAAAAACAAAAUGUAGUCAAAUAUCGACACUUUCUUCCGGAUUUUAAUUCGGCUGCAUAAGGUAUUCUGAGUAACUUUCAAGAUACCACUUAACAAUUGAAUGUUCAAAAUGAGACCAUGCUUUCAGCACUGGAGAGCUCACCUGCUGUGUGACCCAGCCCUGAUGCAGUCUUAGCGUCUCAGGUCACCCCUUUCCUUCAGUUAUUUCGUUAUGAAACCAGAAAGCAGCCUGUGGAAAUAGUGCUCGCGGCUGUUCAGAGAAGAGCCACCACAUUUCUGUUUCUGGAUAUUUGGGUUGGACCUACUACUAAUUCAUUAAUUGUUAAUACAUAGUACAUAUCUGGAGAGUCCAAAAACCAGACAGAUUGUGAGGGACUCCAUCACGAAACAAUCUGGUGGCAGCCAUACAAGUUCAGGUGUUCAGAGGCAGAACCUGCGUGAGCCCUGCUUGGCAAGAGGAUAGACAUGGCGGUAGACAGAACGUGCUAGAUCGUAUUUUAAUUUCUAGCUACAUUAACUUAUUUAAAAAGCAAGAAAGGGAGACUAAACCUUUGCUUAGCUUGUACACAUUUUCGGAGUUCUUUCUAAAAGUCUAGUGAAAGAUGUUUGUUGGGAGGUAGAGACCGUUCUUAACUCCCUAAGACAGACCCAGGUUUUUUGGUCCCCUGAAGCAGCAUUCAGUAGCGACUAUAAAUAAAGGAACAAUCUCAGAACAAAACCAUUUUAUGGGGUAUUUGAACACCCCUGUUCUGUCACCUGGGUUCAUCUUGUUAUUGUGAAACACGUUAUGUCCAGGUCGUUUCCUCUUAGAGUUCGACUGUGAAAGUCUUUAAUGUAACAACAGAAUCUGCCCCUGUAGCUGAGACACGCUUCCCAGAGUGAGAGUUUGAAAUCCCCUUUCAUCCAGAACUAUAUUUACCCAUCUAUUGUAACUACUUGAAUAGAGAAAAAUUAGGAGGCUUGAUAAAUGCUAAGAAUUUAGUACCACAGAAAUGAUUUAUUUUCCCAAUAGUCCACAAUUAGUGAUAAAGAUCCUAUUUUUAUUGUUAACUGUGACAUAACUUUGAUGUCCUCUGUUGUCAGUCUGACGUGGCUCUUUCCUUCCUAAGUAACCUGUCACUGUACUGAUUAUAUACUGACUUAGCAAUGUGGCCUUGGAAUGCUAAGCAAAAUAUGGAUGUACUGGUUGUAAAUGUUUAUAUAUUGUACAGUACCUUUAUAUAUACACUUGAGGUUCUGAUUAGAGAAAGAGAUCUGUAAAUCGCUCGUUAUUUUUUAUAUAGAUAUUAAAAAAACAAAACAAAAAACUGUUUAUGGCCUGCAUUUCUUUUACUGUCGGGUUUAUUUAAUAUUGCUUUCUCUUUGUGGAGUGGAUUCCCAUCACAGUCUGAGUCCUCAAAUAGAUUGUGUUCCCCCCGAGUAAUGAACAUUCAAAAUGCUACAAAUCAGGAAGACUCAUAAUGAUGAUUUUACCUGUAUGGCUGCCUUUUAUCCGUAUGUAAACCUUGAAAUGGGCUUGAGGUAAAUAUCACUGUGCCUCGUCAUUGUAAAGAAAAUAGCUUUGCAUAAAUAAUUUGCUGUCUAUCCCCCAAAAUCUUUUAUACCAUCAGGGAGAGAAAAAGACUGGUCUUUUUCUGUGUACUUUAGUAUGACCAGCAUUCAGAGAAUAUGGUUUUAUGAAAGCAAGGAAUAUUCAAAUUGAACUGUGUAACAAUUUGACUAAUCACCUCCACAAAGAUGUGUUUAAGCUGAAGUUUAAUCCAUAGUGUGCCCCCGGAACUACAGAACACUGGUAGAAAUGGGGACUUUUGUCCCCAAAAUGUGAUGUGACUUUUGUCCCCAAAACAAAAUGUGAUGGUUCAGUCUGGUGUGGAUACAUGAGAGCAACUUCUGACAUCAUCCUAGCAUGCUCCGAUUCCUAGGAACUCUCUAGGUUUUUUAAACAAUAACAGAUUUAUUUAUUUAGACAGCUCUUCACUGGUCGUGUUAUUAAGGUGUACCAGCGGUACAGUGAUCUGUUUAAAGCAUGCCGUGGUUAUUACAUGAACUCUGCAAUCUUUGCUGUAGUUAACUGAAUUCGUUCAAGAGAUCCAAUGACUUGGAUCUGUUUUCAUUGUUGCUGCGCAAGCGAGCCAGCCUUCUGUGAAGAGUGGGAUUCUCGCCACUCGAGAACUCUGAAUCUUUCUCUCAGAUACAUUAAAAAUAUGAAAACAUAGCCAAGUGCUUUAGCCUAAACCUAUAAUUUUGACAGAGAAUCCUUGGGGAAUUUGUCUAUUUUACAGUGUUUCCAUUGAAGUCAGGCAGCACUAUUAUUAGCAAAUACACAAAUCAAGAGGCUUAUUUUGUCCUGAAUAAACAACCAUUUGUUACCUUGA